AUGGCAAGCACUAAUACUCAUGCACUGGCCUUGGCAUUGUUGGUGGUUGUUGGAGCGCAAUUUUUGGGUGACCACAAGGUCUCAGCCCAGUGCGGAGGUAGCAUUGUUGACAUCGAAACCCAAUGCUAUCAAUUCGUCAAAAAAGAAGGGGAAAGAAUUCCUCCCUCUCCCGGUUGUUGUCAAGCGGUGACGAAAUUAAACAUCCCUUGUGUUUGCGAAUUUGUUACACCAACGGUGGAAGCGAUGGUUAGCAUGGAGAAGGUGGUCUAUGUUGCUCGAACUUGCGGUAUUACGAUCCAACCUGGAAUGAAAUGCGGAAGUUACACCGACGUUCCUCCUAGCAUGCUUUUUGUGUGA